UUGUGGGCGUGGCCGUCGCGAGGCAGGCCGCGCGGGGACCCGGGGCCGGUGGGUCGAUCGCCGCCGAGAUGCGCCCGUCGGACCCGGUGGAGCUGGCGGAGGCGGGCGCGGUGGAGGUGCUGGAGCCCGAGGAGGACUUCGAGCAGUUCCUGCUGCCGGUGCUCGGCGAGCUGCGCGGGGCCGGCGCGGGGGACAAGCUGCGCGUGCAGCUCAAGGCGCCGGCCGGGGCGGCCGAGGAGAGCGCCCCGCACCCCGACCCCGGCCCCGACCCCGGCCUCGACCCGCGCCCCGGCUCCGGCCCCGGCCCCAACCCGCGCCGCGCCCCGGCCCACGAGAAGGCGCGCGAGGCGGCGCGCGUGGCCGAGAUGCUCGUGCAGCUCGUGCGGAGGAUCCAGCGCGGCCCCAAGUCGGCCUGACGCCCCGCCCGCCCGUGGGCUCCUGGCGAGGACAUGGACCCGCAGCUGAGGAAGAGCUGACACCUCGAAGACUUGGAAACACUAUUGUUUUCCCUGAUUUUGUGUUGUUACUGUUGUUUUUGUUCGUUGACCUCCCUCCCCAGUAUAACGCUGUCCCUUUGGGUCGAGGGUUGGUGACCUUCCUGUGCACAUGUUCAGGUGUUGAUUCCUAAAAAAUAACCCAUGUUCAAG